GUAAAGUUAUUUUCAACGUUCUUUAACCAAUGCCAACUUUCCGUCGGCGUUCGAUCAUUCCAAAAUACCAAAGAAUUAUUAUCAUACGCUAAGAAGGUCCAACUUCAAGUGCGCAUGGCAUCAUGUUUCCUGUUGGAUCGUUGGAUCUAAUUGUCACAGUAACCGUUGAAUAAUAUUGAUAUGUUUAGCAACGCAAUUGUAAACAUCCUGCUUGUUUCUCAAUUUCCAACAUGUCUCUUAAAUAUAUGGCCAAUGUGAAAACAAAUUGGAUAAAAGUACGACAUGUGGAAACGGCAUGCUUCGUGGGCAGGGAAGCCCUGGCUAUCGGCGUGGGAAGCCACAUUCUGCUGAUGAAUGUCAUCAGCAUGCAGGAGACGUUUUACCGGGCAACGGAUCGUGCAAGUGGCGAGGGCGUUUCAUGUCUGGCGGGACACAAAACUUUUGCCAUCUUCGCCUUCGCCGAGUGUUGCGUGUUUCCGCGGAUUUUCAUUGUGGCUUAUCCGGAUAAUUCCAUUCUGUUCGUGCUGGAAGGAGAUGGAAAAGCACGAAACUACAUAUCACUGUGCUUCUCGGAGGGUGAAUAUCUGCUGGCGAUGAGCGGCAUUCCGGAUUACAGCAUUGAGGUUUACGUGUGGAGAAACAAGGAGAUGCUCAUCAAAAAGAGCACUAAUAUUGAUACCGAUAAGCAACUGCUUAUGUGCAGUCCCGCCUCAACGAUAACCGUUUGCCAGUUGGCAUACAACCAGGCUAAAGUGACCCUCUGGGAAGUGCUUGGAAAUGUGCGAAUCGCUAGGUUUAUCGAAAAGCAGGUGAAACUUCCCUUUGGGAAAGAAGCUGCCCCACUGGAUGCCACAUUUUCCAUUGAUGGAACGCUGAUGAUCGUCAAUAAGUGGGGAAGUGUUUACAGUUUUUCAGCUACAUCAUGCCAGCUGAACCACAUAAUUAAACCUAUAGAAGAACCAAGCAUAUUCAACCCAUUAAUCUUCUACUGCAAAGGAGGCCUGUUUCUCAAUGACCCAUCCGGAAGUGUAAGCUUCUACAAACGUCAAAAAGGCACCUGGCAUCAACUGUGGGUAACAAAACCCCCGGAAACAUAUUCAUCGUUGAUGUUUUAUUCGGCCAGCGAAGGUCUUUAUGGCACCACUGCGAGUGGAAAACUCGUUCGCACGACGGUGGACAACGAUCUUCGAAACGUUGAAUUCAUUACCACCAAGGAAUUCGACUGUCAAAUAUUGAACAUCGUCUUGCUGCAACCACUAGGAGAGAUACUAAUUGCUUGUAACGCUGCCAAUCGAUUGGUAGCAGUUGAUGUCAAAACUGGAUCCAAAAUAUCCGACUUCAGCAUUCCUGCCUCGAAAUGCAUAGUUGAAAGUCCUGUCUAUCCUUUCGUGGCAAUUGGGACAUUCGAUGGGAUCGUGACUCUGGUGUCCUUUUACAAUCCGAUCGAUCCUGCUGAGCUGACAAGCUUCCAGCUAAGUCAUGCUGCGAUUGUUUCUAUUCGGUUUAGUUCUGAUGGAUCACAUCUUGCUGUUUACGACGAGAAAAUGAAUGUGUUCUUGAUCAAGGGUGAGCCUGGUACCACCAUGGACGUCAUCCAACAUUAUGAGGCUCCUCUAAAUCUUUUUCAAAGCACUUUUGAGAUUCAUGAUGGUUCAAUGCUAAUCGUAGGCACCCAAACGGAGAACGGACUUGAUCCAACAUGUGAUAUUAUAAGAGCAACAAUUUCCCUUAGUAAUGGAAGUCGUCGUGAAGAAAAAGGCAGCGCACUGAAGCAGUAUACUCAGUUGGAAUUCAAAGCCGACGGUUCAGGACGUUUGUAUGGAGUAUGUGCUUUGUCCAACGAAAUCGAUGUGAUCGAACUCAAAAGCGAGACAACGGCAGAACUGACAGUUAAAAUCUACACAACCUUUAAGGUGAAACAUCAAGUUCCGCAGUUUGAGAUCUUCGUUGACCAAUUUCAUCUCAUCACCUGGAGUAUCGAUGGGCUGGUAACAAUCUACGACUCGAUGACGGAUAAACUGCUUGCUUAUUUUCUAGCACACGAUCGAACAAGACUAGGGGUCAAACUGGCCCGAUGUGACCCACUUCAUCAAUACAUUUUCACUCUUGGCCACACGGGAUGUCUCGUAUGCACCAAGCAUCACCGCAGUGCAGCCAAUGCGAAGAAGUGCGAAGAAUUGAAACUGGGACUAGAAACCGACGACGUAGUUGCGAUGUUCAAAAAUCCAACAACGGGCUUCGUUCCGAAGGGAUUCACUUUCACUCGAUGGAUUGACAUGGAGAGAAUCAGUAAGCUGGAGAGCGAAAAGCUGCAGUUCAAAUUAGAACGAUUGCAGAUAUUGAAGGAUUUCAAAUCAAUCAAAGCUCAACUCGGAAAGCUUUUGGAUGACAAUGAGAUAGCAUCCGAUGAGCAGCGACUUCCAGUACAAGCCUUCAACUUGAAUGAAUCAACUACAGAGCAUCUAAAGGAAAAGGCUAAACAUGAACGAGAGGAAGAACACCGAAAGUUAUUGAAUUACGUCGUUAGACAAGAGAGUAUUAAUGAAAAGAUAAUUCAAAAAUGUUGGACUAUUAUGGAACGUAAACCAGUCAAAGUUCGCUCCAUAUUUACGAAACUUGCUGUGGAAAACUAUCCCUCCCUGCCGAAUGAACACGAUCAAGACUUCCUGGCGAAGAUGACUGUCUACCGUGAAACGGAACUCAUGGCAAGUCACGAUGCAUUGCUGCCCUGGAAACCGACGCCUACCUAUCAACUGGAAUCCAUCCUCAAUCGUGAUCCUGAAUAUGGCAACGUUAUAGACGUCUUGUCUCGGGCGGCGCAAAAGAAACAUACCACACUCACGGGGACCACGACGCAUCUCUACGUGGAACCGAUUCCGCUUCGCUUCGAACAGCUGGAGGUGGUUACUUUUCAACAACUGUACUUUGAUAAAGUCUACGGAAAGAUUCAAAUGAUACAGCUUCGAGAAAACUUCAAUAAGAAAUUUGACCAAUUGAAAGCUCUGAAAGACACUGAGAUGGAAAUGGUUCUGAAAAGGAACAUCCGUCUUCGUAUCAUACAGAGUGAAUUGGCAAUUAUUUGUAAACUAUUGGAAACCCCUUCAGCAAAACCAGAGGACAUCAUCGAUCCGAAAUAUCAACCGGACGAGAUUCCGGAUACAAUCGUGAAGACACACAAUCAUGAAAUUUCGGUGGCUCCAUACCUUACGCCUAGUAUGGAAUGUCUACUUGCACAGGAGAAGGCAGAGAGAGAACGAAGGCAGAAAGAACUUAUGGCGGACGAUUUUAAGGAUCGUGCUCUAAUGACGAUGAUGGAUGGCGUGCUCGAGCAUCGCUGGGAGGAUGAAAUCAAGAAAACGCCUCCAGUACCUCAUUGUUUGGAAACGGGGAAAGACGCUCAGUAUUUCAACGAGACCGACCUCCGAGAAGUACAGGAAUUCGAAAAUCAAAUUGAAUUUCUGCACAAAGAACGCACGCGUUACAAGAAACUCCUUGAAGCGGAAAGGGCACAAAUUAUCGAGAGCUUGGAAGAUCAAAUUAAAAAGUUCAACACCCGAGUUGGGCUAUGCCUGCUUGAGAAAAUUCGCAUCGAAGCCGCCAUCAGGGAGGAAGAGAUGCGAAUUCUCCGAAACACUUUCUACAACCACCAGCGGCUGGUAUACGAUCGCAUUGCAAAUUUGUUGAGAGAAGAAAUUGAUUCCAGUACGAAACAUAUCGAUGCAGUCACUGAAACCAUGAGUGAGCUUCAAGAUAAGGUUAACGACUACAAAAAUACGUACGAAUCAUUGAGUACUAAGGAUCGAUUGUUAGAUAAGCAGUUCAAGAUCAAUUUUUCGGAUACAGCUCAAUCUGCCAUUGUGGAUCAAGCUUACAAAAUUUUCAAAAAACGACCGAAGGCACAACUGCGGGCAGUAGUAACUGUGUCGAUAUUUCAAGACCUGGCCAAACGAAUUACAGCCAAGAAAGCCUCACACCAAAGUAAUAUUCUCCUACCGCAGGAAUGCGUUGAUUAUCUGUCAGCGUGCGAAAGUUUGGAUCAGACGUCGAACUGUCCGGCCGGAAUGGACGCCAACCUGUGGCAAACGCUCUGCAAAAUGAGACGCAUCAAAAUGGAAAGUGAAUUCAGACUAAAAAGCUGCGAAAUACAACUGGCUGACUCCGAAGCAGCGCUGAAUUCGUUUCAGAAGGAGAUAACGUCAAAGCGCAAUACAUUAGUUAAUCUAGAAUCGAAACUUCAAGACUUGUUCAAUAAAAAGUUUGGAGACUCUACUAACCGAAACGUACAAAUUGUAAUGAAACGUGGCCUUAUCGAGGUCCCUAUGUCCGGCAAGAUGGACAACUUCGAUAACUGUAUUCUAAUCCACCGUACCGAUGUGGACGACAUCAAUGUAGUGAUCAAACGCGCCGGCUCCAAAAAACUCAAAGCGAUGGUAAAUGCAGCACUGUUUAGAAGGAAGAUCAUCGCUCAAGAGUGGGAUCAUAAAGCCCUCAAACUGAAAAUACGCGACAUGAAAGAACAGGUGAAAAUGAUUGAAAAAUGUAAAAUAACGAAGGAGGUUCAAGAUUGGUUGAAGCGGAAAGAAAUGGGCAUCGUAGAGGACCUUGGCCAACUGGCGCUGGAAAGGGAAAUUGAGAACACUAUUUUUGCCCAAGAAAAAAUGCUUCAAGAGGUGAAAAAAUCCGUUGAAGAGCUGGAAGAGAAAAUCAUCAUCAAACGGAGGGAUAACAAGCUACUGGAUAAGCAGACCCAGGAGUUGAACGUAGAUGUCACUGAGCAACAUCUGCAGAAGGAUUCCGAAAUGGAGGAUAUGGAACAGAAAGCUGCUCAUGCACGAAUGACGGCGAUAGUGGAUCGUGCCCGUUGGGUGCGACUGGUUCAGGUGCAGCAUGCUCAAAUUUUAGAGCUUGGAACAAUGCUGGAACUGCAACGGCUGAAGACGUAUCCUACUUUGACUGCUCCUUCUGUGCUGGUUGAAGUUCGUAAUGUUAAGUGAAUGGGGGUUUGCUGCAUUGCCUAAUUAUAUUGAUUGAUAUUCUGCUUGAUGCAAAUCUUUAUUUAGAUUUUGAAGUUGAUGUUUUACAAACCAUAUCAAAUAAUGCCUCCAUCUAUCAACAUACAGCUCAAAUAAAGAACAAAAUAAUCAAAUAAAUCAGCUAGGUACGUUCAUUUGAACAAUUUUAAAUCAGAUGGAUAGUUUUUCUACCUUUAUACUGAAAUGCUGAAGAUCCUGCAAGAUCACCUGUUGGACUAGUUAUUUACUAGAUGUUAUGGGUAAGAGUUAAGACGCUUCUCACUAGUUGUGCUCAGGAUAUUUUCAUCGUGCA